AUGAGGUUCACUGAAAUCUCCCAUUUCAGCCACACCAACCACAAGCUCAAAUUCCACCGGGCGGAGGCUCCCUUCAAAUGCGACGGCUGCAAGGAGAUUGGGAUCGGCUCCGCCUACAAGUGCGGCGGCGCUGCCUGCGACUAUGACCUCCACACCCACUGCGCCGUCCCUUCCCCUUCCAUUGCCCACCCUUUCUACACAGGUUGCUUCUUCCAGUUUCUCAGCCGGCCGCCGGGGACGGCGGCGCGUUACUGCAACGCGUGCGAGCGGCCAGUGACUGGAUUUCUGUACCACUGUAAGCUCUGCGGCUUCGAUCUCCACCCUUGCUGCGCCAAGCUGCCUAUGCUCAUCGACGAUGGCGACAUCAAGUUGCGUCUCUACAGUUCGGUUACUGCGCCCUGCCACAGGCAAGUUCUCAUACUAUUGUGCGGGCGGAAGGGGAGGAGCUGGAGCUACAGAUCAUCAUGCAAGAAGUACAACCUACACGUGGCAUGCGUUAAGGACAUGCUUGUUGACAGCUGGCACGAGCUCUAUGAUGGUGUCAGCUACAGCGACAAAAGCGGAAGGCGGGUGCCCAGCCUGAAAGCCACGCUGGAGGCCCACACCACUCACAUAAGGCCCAAAGGCAAAGCCCAAAAAUGCUGUGAGGUGGCUGGGCUGGCCCUUCAGUUUGUGGUCUCGGCUGUUCUUGGGGACCCCACUACUCUCAUUGCCGGUAUUGUGGGCACCUUAAUGUCAAAAUAA